AAAAAUAAAAAUGGGAUACCGGACAUUCUUAUCUACACAGAUAAGACUUAUUUAAGUCACGUGAUCCUGCACCCUGUUAACAGUAUGGAAAUAAAUUGAGGAAACUACGAACAAUUCGCAAUAGCUCGGGACAAUUUUAUAAGUGUAAUUACGGUGUACGUAUGUAGACGCAUGUUUCUUACUAAAUACGAUAUUAACAAUUUUCAGAGGCUAACAAUCUAAUCAAUCAAUGAGGAAUCACUUAGACAUAGGACAAGAGGAAAUAUCAAUCGAUGUUAUUUAAAGCUGUUCGACAUGUACGGUUUGAUUUUACAAGAGUAAAACAUUAUAUGUGCGUUAAUGUCGUGAUUCCAUGGUAGUGAUUCGAAAUUGGUUGCGAUUUUAUGAAACAAAUGUGCUCAGAAUGCUGGAAAGAGUUGACGACGAAUUAUUUAAACACUGCCUGGAAACGCGGCAUUGUUGCGUUGACAGUUUGUCUCAUCAUUGCCGCCGUCGUGCUCGCAGUCGUGCUUACGCGCAAAUCCAAAACGAAAGACGAUUCCAAGUUGACAGUAUAUAAAGCAACGUGCUACCUCGAAGAUUACACGAUGUGGAAACCGAUAAAGACUCACUGCAACGUAUCGGGUCAAGAAGGAGAAGACGCCUGUAUAGACGUCAGCCGAACGUCAAUCUUGCUUGAUAAGAAAGUGUUACCAGUGUAUUGCUCCCCACAAGCGUCGGAUGGGACAAUUAUAUGCACAGGUCCCGCGCUAGCCUGUCAGUUUCGUGGAGUUCUGACGAUUUCAUUCUUUAAAAAGGCUGGAAACGCUGUUAUUGACGAAGCAAUAAAGCUAAGUUCGCCUAUUUAUCGCAUGGUGACAAGUGUGGUUCAAGUGUUUGAGCAAGAUGGCAUGAAUCGAACGUCAAUCUUCAACUUCACGUGUGCUUUGACGUCAUCGUGCGAUACGGUUAUGAUGGCUCUUUUUGUCGCGGGUAAUAGAUAUCUCACUGAAGAGAACGCAACACUUUGCAUCAGCACAACGAUAGCAGACGGAGGAUAUAACAAGAGUUGCGUAUUCGAAAUUGACGAGGGUGUUAUACGCAAACAACAAAGUAUGGACAUUUCAUGCGCUCUCCUUCAAGAUGGCGGCGUUGCUAAGGAAGAAAAGUUUAUUCUUCCACGGUGUUCUGAUAGAGCAUCCGGUAUACAACAGACCAUGGCCGUUUUAUAACAUCUUUGAUUAAACUGCAACUGUUCAACGAAGACAACUACUUGUGACGAAAUUUGUUCAGAAGUCGGUACCUGCCUGAAACACGACCCCGCGUCAAGGUAUCAGAACAUCACCACCGAAUUCCCGUCUUGUCCUAUUUUGUGCAUCCCAAAGUGGUGUCGCGAUAUAUACCACUUUGAUAAAACCAUAACAGUUACACCGGAAAUCAUUCAGGCGAUGUGCACAAAAUCCUGAGGUGACACAGUGAUUUAUGCGUGUUAUAUUUUUUUCAAAGCUUUUCCGUUUCUCUCACGGCAUUUACGUUAUUUAGUCAGAAAUGUAUCUAUUUUGUUGUUAUUUAUUUAAAAAAUGUAUAUUAUACUUGUGUUAUAUCGAGGUAUGUAAAUGUUUAAUUUAUUGUAGUAUUAUAUUUUUUUAUUGAAAUGUUGCAAUACAUCUUGGUUUUACAAUAUUUUACAGUGUUUUCAAAUUGUAUUCGUCAUAAACUUGUUCAUAAAUUUGUUCAACUGUCAACUAGCAACUUAAAUACCCGACCGUCUCAUGCAUUUGCAUUUUGAUUGUGCACAUUGAAUAACAUAAUAAUUCACAUACAAUUGACAUGCGUUUAAAAAGAUAAGUUUGAAGAUUACAAGCGUUUGCAUUUUACAGUGGAUAUAUUUAAAGGGGCCUUUUCACAGAUUUUGGCAUUUUUUUAACUUAUUCAUUAAAUGCUUUAUAUUGAUAAAUGUAAACAUUGGAUCAUAAAAGCUCCAGUAAAAAAUAAAGAAAAAAAUUAAAAAAAGAAAAAGAAUAUUGCCCGGAGCAGGUUUCGAACCAGUGACCCCUGGAGUCCUGCCAGAGUCCUGAAGUAAAAACGCUUUAGCCUACUGAGCUAUUCCGCCGAGUACUCAUUCUUUACGUAUGUUAUACCUUAUAUAAGCAAUCUUCGUAGUUUCACAAAAUUUAACGACAAAAACAGAAACUCUCCAAAUUAUUCAAUCGUUUCGCGUUGCAACGCUUUAUAUUUUUUAGGUUUUAAAAUCGUCAAAAGAUGCAUAUAAUGGCUAUAUUAGAGCAUGGUUAAUGUUCAGUAUUACUGUUUCCUCACAAAUAUCAUAACUAAAACGAAAACUUACGAAUCUGAAACAACUUUUUUCAAUUUUGUCAAUUUACCAAAGCGUGAAAAGAUCCCUUUAACAGUAUUGCAACCUCAGAGGUGCUGUAUUUGAUAGAUAACUGGCAUUUGCUCACAUAGAUAUUGCAGUGAAUGCAUAUCUAUAUAUAUUCAUAUGUCUAUGCCAUUUCCCUCGCGUAUGUUAUUUAUUUAUGGCUAUCACAGGGUAUUAUACACACCGGGUAUGUAUACAUGUAUAGUUUCAUUCUGUUUAUUAUCGUCGGCAUAAUUAUUUGACUUGGCUAUGUAUACAUGUAUGUUGUCGACAUCACUGUUGCUGAUAUUCGUUGUUCAACUGAAGAAUAUCACUUCUUUUUCAGAACGUCUCAUUCUAUGUAAGCUAUCACAUAAUUUAAGAUGGUUGUGUACCAGUUAACGUGUAUAAUGUGAAGUGAAAAUUAAAAGGAACAAACAUUUCACUCCUGCUAUUGAACAAAAUGUCUAUAUAUUUCUUGUUUGACAUUGUUUUUAAACAUUUUGUUGUACAAGAACAACGCGAUUUGUUCAAUGGAUCAAAAUGCAAAUAAAAUUUACAAAUAGAUUA